UUCAGGUCUCCUAGCAACAAGUUGUAGCAUAUGAGGACGGCCGCUGAGUUGAUACCUGUUAAGAAACUCUCAAUUUGUGCCCUGAAAAGCCAUAAUGGAGAUAUCAAUGCCUCCACCUCAGAUAUAUGUAGAAAAAACUCUGGCCAUUAUCAAACCAGAUAUUGUUGACAAAGAGGAGGAGAUACAAGAUAUUAUUCUUAGAUCCGGAUUCACCAUUGUUCAGAGAAGAAAACUACACCUCAGCCCUGAGCAAUGUAGUAACUUUUAUGUGGAACAGUAUGGAAAAAUGUUUUUCCCCAACUUAACAGCUUACAUGAGUUCUGGACCACUUGUCGCCAUGAUAUUAGCUAGACAUAAAGCCAUCUCUUAUUGGUUAGAACUUUUGGGACCAAAUAAUAGCUUAGUAGCGAAGGAGACACAUCCAGACAGUCUGAGGGCAAUUUAUGGCACAGAUGACCUAAGGAAUGCACUUCAUGGGAGUAAUGACUUCGCUGCUGCGGAAAGAGAAAUACGUUUUAUGUUUCCUGAAGUGAUUGUUGAGCCCAUUCCAAUUGGACAAGCUGCUAAGGACUAUUUAAAUUUACAUAUAAUGCCAACUCUGCUUGAAGGACUCACAGAGCUUUGUAAGCAAAAACCAGCAGAUCCUUUGUUUUGGUAUAUGUGCUGCCGAAGAGAGCACUGGACUCUCAGGUCCAUUCUAUUGGUCUGCAUGUCUGGCAUAAGGAUGUCAUUACCACACUGUGCUGACUACUGUAGCUUUGUAGAAGGUUUUGAAAUUGAGAGUACAAGUCAGUCCUCCAACUUUGUUCUUUUUCAUGAUUGUUUUGGCUCCUCAGAGCCCCUUGCAAUUUCAUAUGAAUUUGAGGAUUGGCUUUCCAUUUCUGCAAAAAAAGCUUGUUGGACAUUUGGCAAGAGCUGCACUGAAUCUGUAGAUUGCUUUGGGUAGUAUUGACAUCUUAACAAUAUCAAAUCUCCGUAUCCAUGAAAAAUAAUGUCUUCUCAUUUAUUUAGGUAUUCUUUAAUUUCUUUC